AUGGUUGAUUAUCUGUGGUCCUUUGAUUGUGGUGAUACUCGAGAAGAUUUGACCGGUUUGUACAAUGGUACUGCUGUAAAUGGAGCUGUGACUAUUUCACCUGACUAUUCUGGGCAAGGCAAGGCAUUAAAUUUGGAUAGGAAACAAAAUCAAUAUAUCAUACUUCCUCGUUCAUUGAAUCUAACACUCAAUACAAGUUUUACAGUGACUUCCUGGCUUUUGAGUGCUGGCUAUUUGACAAAAACUAUUUUAAGUGAUUGUAAUAGUUUCAAUCCGAUAUGUAUAACAUUUUUGAUCACUGAAACUACUAUGAACAUUGAUAUUUCAAAUUGGGAUAAUGCGACUAUCAUUCAGACAGCAUUUGUUUCUUUGCAGAACUAUGGUUGUCAAGCUUGUUGGAUGCAUGUAGCAUUCUCAUUUAAUCAUCAAACUGGAUCGACUAUUUUCUAUUUCAAUGGCAUGCAAAUUGGAGAGAAAUAUUUGAAUAUGACUGUUGCAACCUUGUCACAACCAAACAAAGCGAAAGCGACCUAUAUUGGAUUGAAUGCAGUGACGAAUGCGCAGCCAUUCUAUGGUCUCAUUGAUCAAUUGUCUGUUUUGUAUGCAGUGAAAAAUGCCAGUGUAAUUCUCUAUGAAGCAACUACAGUUUGCCACUACACAUUUGAUAGUGAAGAUAUCAAUGAUGGUUGGGGUCCGAAUAAUAUUCGAGCACGUAGUCAACAUGUCUAUCGAUUGUGGUCGAACAAUAAGAGUAGUCUUCUUUUCAAUGACAGUGACUCGUAUUUCCAAUCGAGUGGAUUCACUCUAAUGAACUCAAAUGAUUAUGAAUAUUCGAUAUCAUUCUGGCUCCGUUUGGUAAUACAGAAACCGGAGAAAGCGAAUAGUGCUAUAGCUGUCUUACAGUUAACAUCAUUGAUUGCUGGACUGUCAACAGACAGCUAUACAUGCAUCAUGAGUAUGCAUGUUUACCAAGAUAAUCAGACUUUGGGAUAUUUUUUUCCCGGAUUCUUUAAAAUCACUGAUGUGAACAAUUCAUUCAUAGGAAACAAUACUUGGGUUCAUAUUGGUGUGGCAUUUGAGAGCCCAGACACAUAUUUAUUUUAUGAAAAUGGCAAACUGAUUUAUAAAGACACGAAUCAACGCUAUGGAUCGAUCAUAUCUGGUGAUCCACGAUUUUCUGUAACCAUUGGUGGCGCAUACUUGGAUGAUUCUACACCGAACAAGCCUGUUAAUUUUGAACAGAUGAAAUGCUUUGCAAGACUUCCAAUAUUUAAUUAUACAAAGAUGUAUGGAGAAAUUGAUGAUUUUACGUUUUAUUCAAGAAAAUUAAAUGAGUCCGAAUUUUCAACUCUGGCUCAGUCUAAUGAUACAAAAAACUUGAUUGAGCAACUAUGA